UUCGAAAAGAAAAAAAGGUUGAGCGGGGACGGGCGAAAAGAUGGGUUUCCCGCGGGACAGCAUUACUGCCAUGGUGCCCCUGGCCGCCGCGCUGUACGUGCGCUUGGCGUCGUCGGUCCUCGGCCCUGGCCUCGUCCGCCUUGUCGCCCUGCUCCCGGUGCUCACGUUCCUUGCGGCCGUCCCGCUUGCCUUCUCCUCUACCAUCCUCCGGGGUACCGCAGCUCUGUUCCUCGCAUGGCUCUGUUUGUUUAAGGUGGCCCUCCUCGCCGUCGGCAGCAGGCCGCUCGACCCCGCCCUCCCCGUGAUCCCGUUCGUAUUCACGGCCUCGCUCCCCGUGAUGCCCCGUCGCAGCCGCCCCGGUGCCAAAGCCAACCCAGGGUCAGGGCACGUCGUCUCUUGCGCGGCCAAGGUCGCCGCCUUAGCCGCCAUCCUCCAACUGUUCAGGAACCGGCUGCAUCUCCACGCGCGCCUCGCUCUGUACGGCAUUGUGCUCUACUGCUUCUUCUACCUCCUCCUCGCAUGCCUUGCGGCCAUCGGCGGCGCGCUCGGCAUGGACAUGGAACGACCGUUUGACCGUCCGCUCCUAGCGUCGUCGCUGAGCGACUUCUGGGGCCGGCGGUGGAACCUCGUCAUGUCCGGCAUCCUCCGGGCGGCGGUCUAUGACCCCAUGCAGGCACGGGUAGGGAAACCCGCUGGGAUCAUGGCUACGUUCCUCGUGUCCGGACUGAUGCACGAGGCCAUGAUGUGCUAUAUCACCCUGCGGCGCCCAACCGGCGCGAUGCUCGCCUUCUUCAUGCUCCAGGGCGCGGCCCGCGUGGCGGAGGACUGGUGCUCGGCAAGAGGGUUGCGUCCACGCCCGAGGGCUGUGAGAACGCUGCUUGUGUUGGUGUCCAUCGCGAGCACGGCGUUCUGGCUAAUCUUGCCGCUGGUUUCCAUGAGCGGAGCCGAGGAGAAGUUACUUGAGGAGUGGGCGGCAGUGACGGCCUUCUUCCAGGACGGCGGCAGAUAUCUUCUCCCGUACCGGUGAUCUUAGUUUAUCUGGUCCAUGUGAAGGUUGCUGUUGUGGUAUGUCGUUCAAAGCCAUUGUCGAAUUCUAUGUCUACUAGAUUUCGUUAAUGCAAUACUUCAUAUGAUCGAACCAUGCAAUGCUUUAAUGAGACUAUCUUAACGAUCUGAUGCUCUGAUGAGAUCUUUCUUCUGUAAUAUGCACAAGAGUGCAUAUAAUAUUGAUUAUUGAGAGUGCCUAAAACUCAUCUACUCCCUAAUGUAAAAAACGUUAUUAUAUUAUGGGACGGACG